GCAGUCUGCGGCAAUAAAUUCUAAACUGCAAUAAAUUCUAUCUGGUAACUUGUAGCUAGUUCUUUACCGUCUACCACUAGAUGUUAUAUGCACAGUAACAUACUGUUACGAAUAAUUUUGCGCUUUUUGAACAUUUUCCCCUGUUGUUAUUUUAUCUGUUCUGUUUCCACUAGAUUCACCGAUCAGAAAAAGAACCUAACCACGUAAAUCAUAAACCAUGGCAAUGAAUGCGGCAGUAAAUUUAGCGGAUGCCGUUCUCGGCCGUAAGCCCGUCAGUAGCGGUCCGAGCGAGCCGAUCGAGGAUCCAACGACCCGCAUGAGCGCCGUCGUCUGGCACAAAGCUCUGGAUAUGCGAUAUGAGCUGGUGCCGCGUCCGGUCAUUUGUGCGCCGACCGACGCUAUCAUCCGGGUGACGGCCACCAGUAUCUGCGGCAGUGAUCUGCAUGUCUAUGCCGGGGAAGUGCCGGGGAUGAACGAGGGCGACAUCGUCGGACAUGAGUUCAUGGGGAUUGUGGAGGCCAAGGGAGUGGAAGUGGAGCUGCCGAUUGGAGCGCGGGUGGUUGUGGCUUUUGCUAUCAUAUGCGGAAAGUGUGAAUUCUGUCAGCGGGGAGAGUUUUCCAGCUGCAGCACGACCAAUUCCAGUCGUGUGCAGGAGCAGGCGGUGGGGCAUAAUUCUUGUGGCAUAUUUGGAUUUGGAGCUUUAGCAGGUGACUACAAGGGGGGUCAAGCCGAGUACGUCCGUGUCCCUUUCGCCGACUUGAACUGCUUGCCCAUCCCGAUCGAUCUUUUAGACGAAAAGGCCUUAUAUCUCUCCGAUAUCAUCCCCACCUCCUAUCACGCUGCACGCGAUGUCCGCGAAGGCGACACCGUGGCCAUCUGGGGUAUGGGCCCCAUCGGACUGCUGGCCGCUCGCUGGUGCCAGAUCCUCGGAGCACGCCGCAUCGUCGGCAUUUCCGGUACAGCCUACCGACUGGAUGUGGCCCACAAGAAGCUGGGUAUCGAGGUCAUCAACUAUAACGAACAGGACGUUAACCGGACACUGGCCGAUAUGGAACCGCGCGGCUGGGAUGUGGCUAUCGAUGCCGCCGGGUACCGGUUCGCCAAGGGCGUCUUGCAUAAAGUCCAACGGACGCUGAUGCUGGAGACCGACACCUCGGAGACCAUUACGGAGUGCUGUAAAGCCCUGCGGCCGUUCGGGAAAUUGACGAUUAUUGCCACGUAUGUGGGUCUGGCCAAUCAGUUUCCCAUGGGGAUGUUUAUGUUUAAGAAUCUGACGAUGCGUUGCGGGGGGACACCGAUCCAGAAACUGUGGCGGUACUGCUUGGAGAAGGUGUUGGAUGGGACGCUGGAUCCGCGGUUUGUGGUGACGCAUUAUAUGCGCUUGAGUGAAGGACCGGAAGCGUACAAGUUGAUGUAUGAGCAUGAGGAUAACUUUAUCAAAGCACUACUGCGACCGGAUUUGCCACCGGAAUUGAAACCGGCUGGAGCCGGAAUUUAGCUGUAGCUAAACGGGUUUAUAACGCUUCUCAGCUCAGUUUUGCCCGUAUAUGUAUCAGUUUUGCACGCCUGUAUUUAUCUUAAUUAACUGGGAACGCUGUAGCGUUUCCUGGCUUAUUUCGUCAAUGUGAUUAUUUUAUUGAAAAGUGCAAAAAUGUGAAACUUUACUAACAACAGUGUUUGUUAAAAGACGAAAGAUGCAGUGCAAUUAAAAACGCCCGAACUGGCAGUAU